AUGUCAAGUUCGACUCACCCAACACCAAGUUCAUCAAACAUCCAAACCCUCUUGACCGAAUUCUCAUCCAACAUAGAUACAUCUUUAAUCUAUGCAAUCUCAUCAGAUUAUCCAGAAACCGAACAAGGAUUAAGAUCAUCAAGAGAAAUCCUGAUUGGAUUAUCAAAAGAAGUUCAAACCCAUCAAGAAUCAGUAGAAGAAAUAAACAUCGGGUUAGGUUUAAAUGAAACAGAUGAUAGGCAAAUGGAUCAGGUUUUAGAUGCUUGGGAUCUUGAACAAACUCAAAUUGAUUUAGCUUCAUCUAAGGCGGAUUUCGAAUCGGAUGAAAGUAGUAGUAGUUGUACGACGGUUCUUGAAGAUGGAUCUCAGAUUAUCAAUUCUGAUGACGAUCAAGAGACAUCCAGUAACCUUUCAAAACCAGAUGAUUCUCCAAUCGGUUUAUUGAAAUGUAUGUUCCCAUCUUUAGCUAUAGAUGUUUUACAAGAUGCAUUAGGUUCGGAUACAAGUUUGGUGGAUUUAUCAGUAGCAGUUGAUAGUUUAUUACAAACUCAUUCGAUCCCAUUCGAAACGAUCAACACAUCAGACAACUUAGAUCAGAGUAGAUCACAUCCUAUUCCUAAAAAGAUUUCACCUAAACGAAAACCACAACCUAACAAGAAAGGAUUCCAAACGAUUCAUCUAACUGAUGUGAUGCGUGGAGACGAACGAGAAAGGAUCAAUGAAGCGAAAAAGAAAGCAGAAGAAGAUGGACCGAAUGGGAUUCCCGAAAACAAAUGGGUGAUCUUAGCCAGUCAAACAGAUUUCUUAGCCGAUUUAUUAAAGAUUGAUCCAUCGAAGAUCAAAACCGCUUAUCUUCGUCAUCAUUGUAAUUUAGUUUUAGCAUUAGAAGAAGUUUUGAAUAAGUUGGUUAUCGAAAGAAGUGAAUUGAUCAAAGCUUUUUCGGAAGAUGAGUUGGUUAGGUUUACAUCUAAUUUGGAAACUUUUCAACAACUCUUACCUGAUCGAGAUCAACUUUUCUUAAAUCGAUUCUUGGUUGUCACUUUUAAUGAUCCUGAUUCGGCUUUUGAUUUGAUACGAUUCUUGGAUGAAUUAUUCAUAAGUGAAGGGACUACGAUCUGGAACCUUUUUCAUCGUUUACCAAUUCAUCAAACCGGAUCAGAUCAGAAACUUAUUGAAUCGGAUCAAUCAUCUGGAUUUCAUCAAGUUUCUUCAUCAAAACCUAACCGAAGCUUGGUUGGAACACGAAACCAAAUGGGCACAGAUCCGAUCCAUCGGGUAUCAGAAACAACUUGUAUUUCAAAAGCAUCACAUUAUCGUCAGUUACGAGACCAUGCCUUUCGUCAAGCAGCUCAAGCUUAUCAAACAAGUCGAUCGAUCCAGAGCAGAAGAGGUGGUGCAUUAGUUUAUGCAGAAGAAGGUCGAAAGUAUGAUUUGAAAGCAAAGUAUUGGGAACUAGAAGCUGGGAAAGCUAAAGUGAGAGAAAGAACCGUUCUUGAUCCUGGUCCGGCUGGGAUGGCUAGAAGUGUUGAUUUGCAUGGGUUAAGUAGGAUUCAAGCUUUGGCUGUCACACGUGAUUUUUUGAAUCGUUGGGAAUCUAGUCAUGAGAAACCUUCACAAAACUCGCCUUUGUUGAUCAUCACUGGAGCCGGUAAACAUUCUUAUAAAUCUACGCCUGUUUUGUUACCUGCUAUCACGAGAUGUAAAUCUUUUUUUUUGUUGGAUUGGAUUUGA